CCUCGCCAUGGCGGCCCGCGCGCCCCCCGCCGCACCUGCGGCCGACGAGCCCGGGAGCCCCGGAGGCCCCCCGCGCAGGAAGAAGUCCCGCUCCGGCCUCCGCCGCGCCUUCAGCUGGCUGCGGGGCAAACGGCGCAAGAAGAAGGCGACCGGAUCCGAGGGCGCAGAGCCCACCGUCCCCCGGGCCAAGAAAGCGGACGACAAGGCCAAGAGGGCCAAGGGCAAAGGCCGAGGCUCUGCCAAGGCUGAAAGUGACAAACGUCAGGGUGCAGGGCCCAGCCAGGGGCUAGGAUCUUUAGUGGAUGAGCACCAGGACAAUGUCUUCUUCCCCAGUGGGAGACCACCUCAUCUGGAAGAGCUGCACACACAGGCUCAGGAGGGGCUCCGCUCCCUACAGCACCAAGAAAGACAGAAACUGAGCAAGGGUGGCUGGGACCAUGGAGACACCCAGAGUAUCCAGUCCUCCCGGACCGGGCCAGAUGAAGACACCAUCUCCUACUGCAGCCAGAAGUCGUAUGCGACUGAGAGCUCCACAGCAGAGGACGCUCACUCCGUCCGCUCAGAGAUGAUCCAACGCAGAGGCUCCACUUUCCGACCCCAUGACUCAUUUCCCAAAUCUGGAAAGACAGGGCGCCGCAGGGAGCGGCGGAGCACAGUCCUGGGGCUGCCACAGCAUGUGCAAAAGGAACUCGGCCUGCGGAACCAGCGUGAGGCACCAGGUACUCCACAGCCUCCUGGUCCACGGGAUGCUGUCCGCAUUCCCACAGUGGAUGGUCGCCCUGCAGGCCUGGCCUUAAGGACAGGGGUCCGGGUGUCCCUGCAGGCCCUGGAGGCAGAAGCAGAGGCGGGUGUUGAUACAGAGGCCAUGCUACAGCGUCACAUCGACCGUAUUUACCGGGAUGACACACUCGUUGGCCGGUCCACAGGAACCCGGCCGCCUCCAUUGACCCGGCCCAUGUCUCUUGCAGUGCCUGGACUGACGGGAGGGGCAGGACCUCCAGAGCCACUGAGUCCAGCCAUGUCUAUCUCGCCCCAGGCCACCUACUUGUCGAAGCUGAUCCCACAUGCUGUCUUGCCACCCACAGUGGAUGUGGUGGCCCUGGGCCCCUCCAGCCUGCGCACUUUGAGCCGCUGCAGCCUGGUCUCGGCCAGUCCAGCUUCUGUUCGCUCACUGGGCCGCUUCUCCUCAGCCUCAAGUCCAUGGCCCCGCAGUCGCCAUGCUUCCUCUUCCAGUGACACCUGGAGCCACUCUCAAUCCUCUGAGACCAUCGUGUCUGAUGGGUCCACCCUGUCCUCUAAGGGGGGCUCUGAGGGCCAGCCAGAGGGCUCUGUGGCUAGCAGUAAUGUGGUACCCCCUCCUCCAGGGGGUAGUGGGAGGGGCUCCCCCAGUGGGGGCAGUACUGCUGAGGCCUCAGACACAGCCAGCAUCCGCAGCAGUGGGCAGUUGUCUGGCCGGAGUGUGUCCCUGCGAAAGCUGAAAAGGCCUCCCCCACCACCUCGCCGGACCUACUCCCUCCACCAGCGGAGCUCAGCAGUACCUGAUGGGCCCUUGGGGUUACCACCCAAGCCUGAGCGGAAGCAGCAGCCACAGUUGCCCCGGCCGCCCACCACAGGUGGGUCUGAAGGAGCAGGAGCAGCACCUUGCCCACCCAACUCAGCAGGCAGCUGGGUCUCUGGCUUGUCUCCAGGUGGUUCCAGGCGCCCUCCACGUUCUCCAGAACGAACACUUUCACCUUCCAGUGGAUACUCAAGCCAAAGUGGUACCCCGACCCUCCCUGCCAAGGGUCUGGCAGGUGCCCCUGCUUCCCCAGGCAAGGCUCAACCUCCUAAGCCAGAGCGAGUCACAUCUCUUCGAUCUCCUGGGCCCUCUGUGUCCUCUUCCCUCACGUCUCUGUGUUCUUCUUCUUCAGACCCUACUCCCUCAGACCGUUCUGGCCCACAAAUGUCAACCCCAUUGGGUGACAGGUUUGUCAUACCUCCUCAUCCUAAGGUGCCUGCCCCCUUCUCUCCACCUCCUUCUAAGCCCAAGAGCCCUAAGCAAGCUGUCCCUGCUCUGGCUACCACCGUUCUGGCUCCUGGGCUAGUUUCUACCAUUGACACCAGUCCCGUACCCCCUUCUACUCAGACAACCCUGACUCCACCCCAGGAGUCUCCCAUUGCUUCCAAAGACCAGUCACCCCCACCAUCCCCACCCCCAUCUUAUCAUCCACCCCCGCCACCUAGUAAGAAGCCAGAGGUAGUUGAGGAGGCUUCACCUCCUCCAGAGACUACUGAGGACCCCCUUCCAGAUCCUAACUGGCCACCACCACCCCCUCCAGUACCUGAGGAUCAGGACCUGUCCAUGGCUGACUUCCCCCCACCUGAGGAGGCCUUCUUUUCUGUGGCUGACCCUGAGCCUGCAGGCCCUCUGGACCUCAGCAGCUCCCUGGCUGCCUCCCCCUCAGCUGCUAGCUCUUUCCAGAGCCCUCCCCAGAGUACCCCAGCCCCUCCACCAGCUCCUCUAGUUCCUCCAGCACCUCUAGCCCCACCUCCAGCUAGUGCUGUUCCAGAACCUCUGGCCAAGCUCCCUCAGAAGGAGUCUGUAGGCUGUGGGAAGAGCAGUGGGGCUCCCAGGGAGGAUGCUGGUGCACCCCUGGUCACACCCUCACUCCUGCAGAUGGUACGCCUCCGCUCGGUAGUUGCCCCCACAGGGGUUCCAAAUCCACUUCCAGGGCCAUCAGCUCCCCAGAAGCCACUGCGAAGAGCUCUGUCGGGGAGGGCCAGCCCAGUGCCUGCUCCCCCCUCCUCUGGACUCCAUGCUGCUGUCCGACUCAAGGCCUCCACCCUGGCUGCCAGUGAGGGCCCUGGAACUGCUCAGCCCAAUGGACCACCCGAAGCAGAGGCACGGUCUCCAUCUGCUGCGUCCACAGCUAGCUUCAUCUUCUCCAAGGGCACUAAGAAACUGCAGCUUGAGCGUCCUGUGUCUCCUGAGGUCCAGGCUGAUCUUCAGCGGAAUCUGGUGGCUGAACUUCGGAGCAUCUCAGAGCAGCGGCCACCCCAGGCCCAGAGGAAGCCUUCCAAGGGUCCUCCACCAGUGGCCCGCAAGCCCUCCGUGGGAGUCCCCCCUCCAUCCCCUAGUUUUCCUCGGGCUGAAUCCCUUACUUCUCCAUCCACCAAUGGGUUCCCUCACACUGAGGACAGGACUAAGGGGGAGCUGGCAGAGAAUGGCGAUGCACAGCUGGCGGGUACUGAGAACAGGAGCCCCUCUGGUUCAGAUCCACAGAAAGAGCUGGUCUGACCAUCACACUCAACUGGCACUGCUGACCCAUCCCAGGAAUACAAUCUCUCAGGGAUCUGAGCAGUUCUAAGGAUGAGAGGAUAUGGCACACAACCUAAGAGAACAUGCCUGCAGCCUUAAUCUCCGCAGCCUUCGAUGUUUAUGCAAGCCUGGUGUUGCCCAUCCUCCAAGUCACCCAGCUCUCAUGCCUUUCUUGAAUGGAUUCACUUUCAACAGCUGCCGCUUCAGCUUUGGCCUUUGCCUCAUCUUGAAGGAGGUAGCUGGUGGGAGUGGGUGGCUGCGCCCCCUGCUGGCCCUAAGGCCAAAGAGGUGGGAGCAGAGCACUUGUUUCUUUUUUUUCAUGUUGGAAUCAUGUAUACUGUAGUCUGGAAUCAAAGCACUUUUACAAAGUGGCUACAUGUCCAUCCUCCAGGGCUCAUGAAACCACAUUCCAAGGGCCUGUUUACAUGGUGGCAGCAUCAGCCAGCCCCUGCUAGGACCAAUCUGUUCCCUCUGCCAAUUCAGUUUGCUCCUUUCCUUGGUUCUUGGAGAUGGGCAAGUCAUUUAUUCCCCCAAGCUUCCCCACGCUGGUGGGAGUGGGGCUGUGGAAUUCCAAAGCACAAAAGGUGCAGUGGGGGCUAGCCUUCCUGUGCCUCAACUUACCACCAACCACUCUCCUGCCUUCCAGUUCUGCCAGGUGCUCCUUACAGGGGACAAGUAGGAGACUGUCAGGACAGAGGGAGGUCUGCAGGCACUGGCUCAGAAAGCAAAACUACCAGAGUAGGAAGCCGUCUUGGGCUGCCCUGACACUUGAUUGGGUGGGGGCAGAUGGGUACAACUUCAGAGCCAGUUGUGUCCACUUGAGCGUGGUAGGGAAUACUGAAGAGGAGGGCCUGGCAGAGGAGAGCUUAUUUGGGCAGUAGGCCGAGGUCUGGCCUCAGACUUCUUCUCUGACCUGUCUCUACUCUUUGGUGCAUGUCCUUUCUGCAGCUGCCUUCCAGGCAGGUGGCUCCAGUGGAGGGAGCUGAUGCUGAGUGGCAAGGAUGGGAUGCCAAAGGUGCAUUUUACCCCAUUCUAACCUAGUCAUUAAAGGGGUAACUCAGUGCUCCUAGGGAGCAGGCCAGUGGCUAUCCCCCAGAUAGCAGCCUAUGCUACUGAUUUCUCUUCCCAGAAUUUUGAUGACUUCUGUUUUCAGCCUGUUCCACCUCUAAGUAAGCUGGGGUUCCUAUCAGCCCUGGUGGCUGCACAGGGCUGGCCCCUAGAACCUCCUUUCCAGGGCCACCUCUUGAGUUUCUUCAACAGUGACUUGGGCUUGAGCCUAGCCAAGGCACCUUGCUUUUAGCUUCUCUACUACCAAGGAGAGAGUACACAUUACCCUGUUAUUGACUUUCCUGUCAAGAAAUGGGAGGUUGCAGUGAGAGCCCAGGUUCCCUUGGCCCUCUCUCUAGGUUGUUUGUCACUACUGUUUUCUCCCUAUAGCUACAAACCAACAUCCUUCCCCUGCCCUGUGGGUGAUGGGGAACUGCUGCUGGUGAUGCUGCCCAGUGAGUUGGGGAGGGAGGACAAUCAGCAAGCACUGUUCUGCCCCAGGAUCCGGGGCUGGUCAAAGCCCAUGAAACCAGGCCCUGCAGUAGCCUGGAGGCUACUGGGGGUGGGAGGCAGCCACCUUCUGUCUUUACUCCUCCAGUGUUACUGGAGCUCUUGUCCUUACUUAGGAUCUUCUAGACUUGUUUCCCCACUGGGUGGGCCAGAGUACAAGGGUGAGAAGAGGCAACCUUUCUUGUCCUCUGUGUAGAUGAGCUUGACUUGUACAAAUGGGGAGACCAAAAGCCUCUGAUUUUUAGUUUGCAUAAAAAUGUUGAAGAGAGAAAUAUAUAUAUAUUUCUUUAAAUUUGAGUCUUUGAUAUAUCUAUAUAAACAAUCCUUUCCCUCUUUCUCCCUAUCCCCAAGCUUGAGUGAGACACGUGAAAAGGCUGUGUUUCAUUAAAAAGUGUUAAAUGAUUGAAA